AUGUUAACAUAAAGCUAAUAGAACUAGUUUGAUUUUAAAACCAGAUAAACUUCACAAAUAGGUAUUUAUACUCUACUACUCAAUUAAUUCAUAAAUCUUUAUAAUUCAACCAAAUUAUUGAUUAUUGUUAUUUUAGAUUUUAGUUCGUUAAAACCACCAAGACAUCCUUAAGGAGAAAAUUAAAUAGAAUAGCAUAGGUAAAUAAAUUAAAAUAGUAAAGAACCUAGAAGCCUCUUCUAUAAAAAAGAUAUAAAAUUACAUCAAAUGAGACAGAAUAGAGAAAUCAUAAAAUAUCAUUACCAUCAUUAGCUAAUUUUAGAAAGACAGAAUUUAAUUCAAUAGAGAAUAGUAAUCAUUUAAUUAAAUUAGUUGUAUAACCUAUAUCUAUUCUAAAUUAAGAAAUUGGAUUAAGAAUUCCAAAUCGAUUACCUAAAUUAGAAAAUAGAAAUGAAAUAUCAAAAUCCAAAUAUGAAAUUUAAUUGAAUCAAACUCCAAAAGAUGAAGAAUAGUAAAAACCUAAAACAAAAUAAAAGAAAAUUUCAUAUACACCUGAAUAAAGAAUAUCUGAAAGUCCUGAAAAGAAUAGCUCUUAAUAAAGUAAAAAGAAAAAAGGAUAAAAAUAAUUGAAAGGAAUUAAAUUUGUUCAUAAUACAAAAGCUGGUUGUUAGGUUAAUAAAUAAAUAAAGACAAAUCAAGAUGCAGCUAUCAUAUUUCCAUAAAAUAUUUAGAGGUACAAAUGAGCAGUAAUUUAAGUAAAGUUAAAAUUAUGGAUUAAUUGGAAUUUGUGAUGGACAUGGAGUGAAUGGACAUUUAGUUUCAGAUAUAAUUAGAUAAAGAUUACCAAGUAUAUGAAGUAACUCAAAUUAGUCUAUUUGGAGUUUUAAUUAUAAUCUCAAAAUCCAGAUAUGGAAGAAUGCUUUAAAAAUGCUUUUGAAUUAACAAAUUCAGAAAUCCUUUAAAGUUAAUUUGAUACAGCAUUAUCUGGAUCUACUACAGUGUUAGCUAUGAUACAAUAAAAUUAGUUAUGGACAGCUAAUGUUGGAGAUUCAAGAGCUAUAUUGUGUAGAAAUUGUAAUGGUUGGAAAUCAAUGCCAUUAACUAGAGAUCAUAAACCAUCAGAUGAAUCUGAAAAGUAAAGAAUUCUUUAAGCUGGUGGAAGGAUUCAUAGCUCAAGAGGUGAUCUAAUAUAAUCAUAAAUAUUCUAGAUUUCUAUGGGAAUGAUGUUGGUCCAGUAAGAGUUUGGCUUUCUUAUGUAGAUGCUCCUGGUUUGGCAAUGACUAGAAGUAUGGGAGAUAAAAUAGGAGCAUAAGCUGGAGUUAGUAGUAUUCCUGAAGUAUUUCAAUUCACUUUAUCAUAAAAUGAUAAAUUCUUAGUUAUUGCUUCUGAUGGAGUCUGGGAGUAUUUAUCAAAUGAAGAUGUAAGAAUUUAAUCAUCUAUUCAUUUUAGGUUAUGAAUAUCAUAGUUCCUUAUUUUGAGGAGGGAGAACUUGAAUAGGCAGGAGAGAAAUUAAUGAUGGAAGCUAUUAACUCUUGGAAGAAGAAUAGUCCUGGAAGAGAUGAUAUAACUUUUAUUAUUGUAUAAUUAAAUAAUUGAAUUUAGUAAUUAUGUGUGGUAAAAUUAAUUUAUUAAUUGUUUAUUGACAUGUCUUUACAUUUCCAAUAUCUAGGUUAAGGAUUGAGUAGCCAAAAAACUAUGGAAUUAUUAUAAAAGCAUUGUUCAUCUAAGUAAAUUUGUUUGUUUUAUAUUAAGUGAUUAUAACAAAAUUGCUGAUUUCGGUGCAGUUUUUGAUGAAUUAUUGGAAUAACAAAAAUACAAAGAAUUAAUUGUAUCAACUCUUGAUAUUAUUAAUUUAUCAUAAGAUAAAACUUGUAUUUAGCAAAUCAUAUUUUAGUAUUACAACCUAUUUAUUCUGCAAUUUAAUAUUGGAUGACUAAGCUUGAGUCUAAGGAAUAAUAAAUCAUUAUUGAUUUGUUUCUACAACAUAUCGAAUAGAUAAAUGUAGAAGCCAUUUUUAAAACUAAAAUGUAACUCUGCAUCACUAUUCAAAAGUGUAGCACAAUUAUUUAAUGCAUUGAGUUCAUCAUCAUUGUCAUAGAAUCUAUUUUUGAAAUUAAUUGAAUGUGCAAAGAAAUGGAAUACAUAGUAAUUAAUUAUAUCUCCCAUAAUUUCAAAUAUUAAGGAAUUCUUGAAUUUAUGGACUCUCAGUGAUCCUGAGAUCUUAAAAAUAUUAAAUGCUAUCUCUGAAUUGAUUGAUCCUCAAGAGUAUUAUAUAAUAUAAUUAUUUGUAGUUAACAAUAUGUUAUACAAAUUUCUGAAUACAUUUUAAGAAACAUUAAUACUUCUUAAGAAUAAUACAUUAAGACAUUUAUUAACUUUUAAAAUAUUAAUGUACUUUAUAAAUUAUUAAUAUAUUAAGUAAUCCUUUUUAAAGUUAUGUGAAAUUACUUAAUGUUCAAAUUAUCAAGUUAUUGAAAAAACAUAAGUGGCUUAACUUAUAAAAUUAGUGCUUAAUGGAGAUUUAUCUGCAGUAUAAGCUUUUCUAGUGAAAGAAGAAGUUUAUUUCAAAUAAAUAAGUAUGAAUAUAAGGUGAGAUUAGAUCUAAAUGUUGAGCAAUAUUUGAAUUAGACAAGGAUUGCCAAAUUUAUUUAAUUAUCAAGUUAAAAAUAGAGUUAUUCAUAUUAAGAAAUAGCUGUGGCUUUGAAUGUAUGAAUUGAAAUCUAUUAAUUAUAGAUUAAAUUAGAAGAGGUAGAGAUUUGGGUUAUUCAUGCAAUUCAAUCUUAAAAUGUAUCAGCUUAAAUUGAUUAAUCUUAAUAAAGAAUUUUCAUUUUGUAAUUAAAUAUAAUAUUUUAGAGAUAACUUUAAAAAAUUGUUAACCAAAGAUGAUUGGUAAAACUUGCAUAAAAAAUUAUCAGCUUUAUUAACUAAGCUUAAAAAUGUUCAAACAUAAUGAG